AUUGCAUUUUUAUUAUAGAUAUAGCUUUAACGUUUCUCUGUCUACAUUUUGUUGUUCCUCUCUCUCUCUCUAACACCGAGUGAUGGGCACUUUCCAGCUGUGGUGGGAGGCCCAAAAGGAGCUCAUCUUCUCCUUCACCGGUCUAUCACCGACCACUUUCUUCACUGGAUUGGCGAUUCUAUUUGCUCUUUUCUACGUCGUUUCCGGUCUCUUUGGCUCCUCCUCCUCCGACCGUCACCACCAAACCCGCCACAUCCAAGCAGAGGUUCCCCCUCUCCGACCCCCCGUUCAGCUAGGUGAAAUCACCGAAGAAGAGCUCAAGGCCUACGAUGGCAACGAUCACGAUAAGCCCUUGCUCAUGGCCAUUAAGGGCCAGAUCUAUGAUGUCUCCCAGAGCAGGAUGUUCUAUGGACCCGGCGGUCCUUAUGCUUUAUUUGCUGGCAAGGAUGCUAGUAGAGCUUUAGCAAAGAUGUCUUUCGAAGAUAAAGAUCUGACCGGUGAUAUUUCCGGUCUUGGCCCAUUUGAGCUCGACGCGUUACAAGACUGGGAAUACAAGUUCAUGGAGAAGUAUGUUAAGGUGGGAACUAUUAAAAAGGAAGUUCCAGUUACUGAAUCCACCGGCGAACCAUCAGAAACUACUCCCCGCGAUGUUGAUGCUGUUAAUCCAACUGCUGCAGCUGUUAAAAGUGAUGAAACACCUUCAAAUACAUUGGAAAAAAAUGGAAAAAGGAAAAAGUGUUGUUAGGCCGGCAAAUUUGUAUGCACUGUAGUUGCUUUUCUUGAAGUUGAACAUUCAGUCUAAUAAAUAAUAAAUUGUAGUGGUGGUAACAGAGGAAUGGGUUGCUCUGGACUUUUGCAUAAUCCUUGAUUGAAUAAUGUAUUUCUUUUAGCAAGAAUAAAUGAUCUGCAUUGCUUUUAGCAAAAAGAAUAAAUGAAGUGGAAUGAAGGAGUUUGAUGAAA